AUCCUAUUUUACAUUUUUAUGAUUGAGAAAUUUGAUAUACCAAAAUUAGAUAAAGUAGAACUCCUAGACAAAUUAUCUAAUAUUAGACUUCCUAAUGAAUUUAAAGAUAACUCCUCUAUUGGAUGGAAAUGUGGAACUCCAAGCUGGGCAGUGCAAGAAAUGGUUCGCGCUUGGAAGGAAGGAUUUAAUUGGGAAGAAAAAAGAAAAGAAAUGAGUCAAUGGCAUCAUUAUAAAACAACCAUCAAUGAGCUGAAUAUUCAUUUUAUUCAUGAGGUGUCAUCCAAGACUACAGAUGCUAUUCCUAUCAUCUUACUUCAUGGUUGGCCGUCUUCUUUUUAUGAGUUUCAUAAAAUAAUUGAACCAUUACGAGAUGGAAUAAAUUCAACUCAAUCAUUCCAUGUUGUCAUACCCAGUUUACCUGGAUAUGGGUUUUCUGAAGCCCCAAAAACAGAUGGCUCUGGUAGUAUAGCUCAAAUAGCAAAUAUUUUACAUAAGCUUAUGAUCAAAUUAGGCUAUCAAAAAUACAUGAUCUAUGGUACGGAUUGGGGCGCAACGAUUGGAACUUUUAUGGCACAAAACUUUUCUAAUUCAUGCUUAGGGUUUAUUACAAACAUGCCUAUUGCAAUGCCACCUUUACCUACAUUAUAUAACAUCAUCUUUCAUCCAAUUAAAGUAAUUUUAUUUAUCAUUUCUUUAUUUCUUGGAUUUGAUCUUGUUUAUGGAAAAGGAAAGACAAAGAGAUUAAAGACAACUGCUUAUGCUAAUGUGGAUAAAGAUGAAACGGCUGGAUAUCGAGCUAUUCAAGGCACUCGACCUUAUACAUUAGCUUUUGGAUUAACAGAUAGUCCUAUUGGUUUAUUAGCUUGGAUGCUAGAACCUUAUCAUCAAUGGACUUACUUUCCAUCUUCCUCUCAUCAGCUUGUUCUUCCAGCUACAGUUUCAGUUGAUGAAUUCCUAACCCAAGUAACCAUUUAUUGGAUAUCAAACUGUAUGUCUUCCUCUUAUCGAAUCUAUUAUGAAGUUAAAAAGAAUCAUAACAAGGCUUUAAAGGACAUGAUGAAAACAUACGUUUCGGUACCUAUGGCUGUAUCUUAUUUUGAAAAUGAGGUAGUAAAGCUUCCUCGUGAUUGGAUAGAAGUUAGCUCUCAUCUUGUUCAAUUCAAGUCUUAUGAUAAGGGCGGUCAUUUUCCUGCACUUGAAGUCCCUUCUUUAUUAAUAGAAGAUAUUCAAAAAUUUGGUUCCUAUAUAGUCAAUAAGAAUAGUAUUCAACAAGAACAGAAAAUGAAGAAACUACUUUAAAAUAAAUAAAACUAAAUGUUACAUUCUUUGUUACAAAAGAAC